AUGGCCAAGCCUAGCAUACCACGCUACACCAACGAGUCUCUGCCCGAAGUACUGGCCCCAGACCCCCAAGAUGAGAAAGGAGACCACAUAACCGACAACAAAUUCGCCUUCACUCCCGGCCAGUUGAAUAAGCUCCUGAAUCCGAAAUCGCUCGAUGCUUUCCAUGCUGUGGGAGGCCUCCACGGCCUAGAGUACGGGCUGCAAACCGAUUUAACGGCGGGAUUAUCAGCGGAUGAGACUACACUGCUGGGUUAUGCCACCUUUGCGCAGGUCCACGAAAUUGGUGGAUCAAACAAGAAGGGCUUUCCAGAAUAUUUCACAGGCGCUUCUGUGUCCCUACCGCGGGCGCCGUCACCGCCGUUCUCAGAUAGAAGACGGGUAUUUGGGCGUAACGUCGUCCCCGCCGCCAGAAGAAAGAGUUUCCUGAGACUCCUUUGGGAUGCCUACAACGACAAAAUCCUGAUUCUCCUGACCAUUGCAGCUGUCGUGUCGUUGUCCCUUGGCAUAUAUGAAGCAGUGAGUGGGCAGUCUCAGGUAGACUGGAUUGAGGGGGUUGCCGUGUGCAUUGCUAUCGUGAUAGUAGUUGGGGCCACGGCAGGGAAUGACUGGCAGAAAGCGAAACAGUUUGCGAAGUUGAACAGACGGAAAUCCGAUCGCCAAGUGAAAGUGGUACGCUCCGGGAAGACCGACCUGGUGCACAUCAGCGAAUUAACCGUGGGGGACGUUGUGCAUCUGGAGGCUGGGGACUCUGCUCCCUGCGACGGCGUGGUUAUAACAAACCAUGGAAUCAAGUGCGACGAAUCGUCAACAACCGGCGAGUCGGACCAGGUUGAGAAAGUCAGUGGGACUGAAGCGUGGGAUAGUCUCAGCAGUGGCGGACCGUCGGAGGAGCUGGACCCUUUUAUUAUAUCCGGCAGCAAGGUCCUCGAGGGACUGGGCACAUACCUGGUCACCAGCGUCGGAACCCAUUCAACGUAUGGCAAAAUAUUAAGCGCCUUGGGAAGCGACUCUGAGCCCACCCCGCUGCAAGUAAAGCUGGGUCGGCUGGCAAACUGGAUAGGAUGGUUUGGAUUGAGGCCAGACGCUGAUACAAAGGGAACCAGCGCGGCUCUGCUGUUAUUCGCCGUCCUCUUCAUCCGCUUUUUGGUACAGCUCCAAGGAAAUGACGCCACGCCUGCGGAGAAAGGCCAGGAAUUCAUGGACAUCUUAAUCGUAGCAGUCACAGUCAUCGUUGUUGCAAUACCUGAGGGCCUCCCACUUGCCGUGACGUUAGCAUUAGCAUUUGCAACGGCUCGGAUGCUGAAGGAGAACAACCUCGUACGGCUGCUUCGGGCUUGCGAGACAAUGGGAAACGCUACUGUUAUAUGCUCGGAUAAGACAGGAACGCUGACAGAGAACAAGAUGACCGUAGUGGCCGGCUUGUUCGGCACUCAUGAGCUGUUUGGGGAGCGGCCCGCCAGUCCCCUUCCACACAGAGAUACAGCCACCGUUGCGGAAACUUUGCAGAAGUUAACAGGGGCCUUUACGGAACUUCUUCGCGCAAGUGUCAUUCGCAACUCUACUGCAUUUGAGGUUCAAAAUGAGGAUGGAAUGGCUUUCAGUGGAAACAAGACGGAGGUAGCUCUCCUUCAGUUCGCGAAGAGACACCUUGGAAUGACAAGCCUCGCCCAAGAGCAAGCAAACAUGCAGUUAGUCCAUGUGUACCCUUUUGAUUCUGCUCGCAAAGCUAUGGCGGUGGUGUAUAGGACUCCCACUGGGUAUCGGUUGCUGGUGAAGGGAGCUGCCGAGCUUGUACUUCGGUCUUCCACAGGACUGGUCUUGGCACCGAAGGCUGAGCCAAGUGCAGACACGAUUGAAAAAGCACGCAUGCGAGAGGAAGAUCGCCAGGUAAUCUCCGACACGAUUGCCAUGUUCGCUGAAACGGGCCUGCGCACCAUAGCCGUGGCCUAUCGGGAUUUCCACCUCUGGCCUCCUGCAAAACACAACGGCCUGGAAGACAACGCGAAGGGCUUCGAAACGGUUGUCAAUGAUCUGACAUGGAUUGGGGUAUUUGGCAUUCAGGACCCGCUAAGGCCGGAAGUUGCAGAAGCAAUUCGAACAUGUCGUGCAGCUGGAAUCCAGGUGAAGAUGGUUACUGGUGACAAUGUUGGCACCGCUCGAGCAAUCGCCACGUCAUGCGGCAUAACAUCUGAAGACGGGGUGAUCAUGGAAGGAUCUGUCUUUCGGAAACUGGGAGAUGGCGAAUUAGACAACGUCCUUCCACGGCUCCAGGUCCUGGCGCGCUCAUCUCCAGAGGACAAACGGGUUCUGGUUGAGCGUCUACGACAUCUUGGAGAAAUUGUGGCUGUCACUGGCGAUGGGACCAAUGAUGGACCAGCUCUGAAAUCGGCGGACGUGGGUUUCUCGAUGGGAAUGAGUGGUACCGACGUGGCCAGAGAAGCCAGCUCGAUAGUCCUUCUCGACGACAACUUCAAGUCAAUUGUUACUGCGAUUGCCUGGGGACGUUCGGUUAACGAUGCUGUCGCCAAGUUCCUGCAGUUCCAGAUCACCGUGAAUAUCACCGCUGUCUUGAUCACGGUAGUGACAGCCAUUUACAGUGAUGAGAAUGAAAGCGUUUUCAAGGCGAUUCAGUUGCUAUGGCUGAAUUUAAUUAUGGAUACUUUUGCUGCAUUAGCUUUAGCAACGGAUCCGCCUACAGCGGGCAUCUUAAAUCGUCCCCCGACCCCUAGGAAUGCUCCGCUGUUCACUACCACAAUGUGGAAGAUGAUACUGGGUCAAUCCAUAUACAAGCUCGGGCUCUGCUUCACCCUCUAUUUUGCAGGAGGUAGGAUCCUUGACCUGAAUACCGAAGACUACACGGAACGGCUCCAACUCGACACCAUUAUCUUCAACACUUUUGUCUGGAUGCAAAUAUUCAACGAACUCAACUGCCGCCGCCUCGACAACAAGUUCAACAUCUUCGAGGGGAUACAGAGGAACUACUGGUUCUUUGCGAUUAAUGCCGUGAUGGUGGGAGGCCAGAUCCUGAUCAUAUUCGUCGGAGGGGCUGCCUUUCAUGUCACUAGACUUGAUGGGCCACAGUGGGCAAUAUGCAUAAUAUGUGGAUUCAUUUGUAUCCCUUGGGCUGGGAUCUUAAAGUUCAUUCCCGACAGGUUUGUUGGCAGCCUUCUAGGCGCGGCCGCGAAGGCAACUAAAGCACUUGUUUUGCCGGUAAAAAUGGCAUACUCUUUUGCCUGGCGAGUUAUCAUCCGUCGCCCUGGAUUUUUCCGGAUCACCUCUGGUUCAGGAGCCCAAACACGCGGUAGUGCUUAG